ACCAAACUGCUGAAAGCAGCAUCUGUGAUGUUGGAAAAAGAAAAGGAGGAAAUUAAGCUGGAGAGAGAAACUUCUCUGAGUGAGAGAGUUCCUCCACUCCAGCUGUCUGGUUUGUCCAUGCAGGACAUUCAGACUCUCUGCAGAGAACUGCAUCUUAAGAUUGAUGUGGUUGAUGAAGAGCGCUACGACAUCAACGCCAAGGUGGAUAAAAACAAUAAGGAGAUUGAAACUCUGUCCAUGAAGAUCUUUGAAAUGAGGAAGAUGAAGCGUCCCGCUCUUAAGAGAGUGAAUAUCUCAGCAGAUGCCAUGCUGGGGGCUCUGCUGGGCUCAAAGCUCAAAGAAUCUGUGGACUUCAACGCCAACCUCAAAACUGUGAAGAAAGAGGAGGAGAAGAAAGAAGAGGUGACUGACUGGCGUAAGAACGUGGAGGCCAUGUCUGGUAUGGAAGGAAGGAAGAAGCUGUUUAAUGCAGGACAGUAG